AUGCCUGUCAUCAUUGCAUCACUUUUCUUGCCCCACACAGUUAAGUUUGAAGUUAAUUCUGGCGAAACCACCCCGAAUGCUACCGAAGACAAUCAUCCCGGCGGUGACACAUCAAGUGGCCACGAUGCUAUCCUCCAACACUCCAUUGCCAAUUCAAUUCUUCCAUCGUUGAGCCUGCCUGCCUUGACACAGAGCGCCUCUACUAGCACGCCUCCUCCGUUUCUUAAAAGCAGGGACUCGUCGAACAUGCAGCAGUUCUUCAAGUCUCGUCAAAAGUCUGAUGCCUCGUCCGAGAAGUCAGAGGAUGGUAGCGCCCACUUAAUCAAACCAAAGUCUAGGUAUCACUCCAAAAUGAUUCCUAGCCUGGUGGUGGAGACUAAAAAGACGUCCGAUGAUUUUGGACUUUCGGCUCUCAGGUACAACUCCUCGGCAGUUAGCUUGCAAAGGCCAACGUCUGCUACCUUGCCCACGACAAGAACCACUUCAACGCCUCAGGGUGAUUUUUCUCCUGCUGGUGUCACCCGCACCAAAAGUGGGUUUGGCAAGUUUGGCGGGUAUUCUAUCAAUCAAUCGUCUACUAGCUCCUUGGCGGUCACCGAAGAAGAGGACAAUGCCCCACUGGUUUUUACACCGGCGUCAAAGAGUCUAACUCUUGAGGACGAGGAUCAAGAAACAUUCUCCGACGAGCCAUUGGCUCCCUAUGGAGGUUUCUCUAGACCUGAUUUGGAAGAUACCUUCUUAAACCAGAAAAAUGUGUUUGAAACUGCUCCUUGGAGAAUUGUUCCCACGGACAGCGGAAAUGGCUCUUUGUACAAAGCUGUGGAAGCUGCCAAGAAAAAUGGCAUUAUACAUCCUUGUAAGUGGGUUGGAACGAUGUCACUGCCUGUGGAUGCCAUCCCGCAGCAGAUUUAUCAGGACAUUGGAAAAAAGCUCAGCGAUGACUUCGAUUGUGAAGCAGUUCAUGUGAAUGACAUAGUAUUUCAGGGGCACUACAAGUCUUUCUGCAAACAGAUAUUGUGGCCAACUUUGCAUUACCAGAUCCCAGAUGACCCCAAGUCAAAAGUGUUCGAGGAACAUUCAUUUAAACAUUAUAAGCGCUUGAAUCAGCUAGUGGCUGACAAGGUCGUUGAGACAUACAGGAGGUAUAAUGAGACGCUUGAUGCAAAAGACCCGGAGAACAUGAUAUGGGUCCACGACUACCAUUUGCUCUUAGUGCCUGCUAUGAUUAGGGAGAAACUCCCGGAUGUCAAAAUUGGCUUUUUCCUCCAUGUGUCUUUUCCAUCAUCAGAAGUGUUUAGAUGUUUGGCGCAGAGAGAGGCCCUAUUAAAGGGGAUGCUAGGAGCAGACUGUGUAACCUUUCAAACAGAUGAAUAUGUGAGGCACUUCUUACAGACAUCCAGCAGAUUAUUAUUGGCAGACACAAAUGAGCAAGGCAUCAUACAUAAUGGCACUUUCACACGUGUAAACACCGUUCCAGUCGGAAUUGAUGCCACUGCAUUGCAAGAGGAGCUCAGCAGUCCCGCGGUAGUAAACUGGAAAAACUCUAUUCGUGAACGUUGGAGAGAUUCACUCUUAUUGGUUUCGAGGGAUAAGCUCGAUAAGUUAAGAGGUGUCAAGCAAAAGUUACUUGCGUACGAAGCAUUUCUCAAGGCAAACCCUCUGUUUGUUGAAAAGACAGUCCUUGUUGAAAUCUUCAUUGGCUCUCAGUCAAAUAGUGACUACAAGGCUGAAGUGAUGCAGAUCGUCUCUCGAAUCAAUUCGAUGGCCGAGAAUAUUUCGAUCGCUCAACCAGUAGUUAUCUUGGAGAAGGAUAUCGACUUCGAUCAAUACUUAGCAUUACAGCACGAGGCUGCGGUGUUCAUCGUGUCAAGUUUCAGAGAGGGUUUGAAUUUGACCUGUCAUGAAUUUGUCGAGGCGAGCUCAGACAGACACUCCCCUCUAAUCCUAUCCGAAUUUACUGGUUCCUCUCAUCUUUUGGACUGCAAAGGGCAAGGCGCUUUACUCGUCAAUCCAUGGGACAUUAAAUCAUUCAGUGAGGCUAUUAAAAAAGCUUUGACCAUGCCUGCCCAUGAGAAACGUGUAAGAUGGAGUAACUGUCAUCAGGUUGUUUUGAAACACAAGCCUACUGACUGGAUAAAGGAAUGCCUAGCUAGCACAGAACGGGCUUGGCAGACGGACCAUCUAAAAACGCAAACCUACAAGAAGCCUUUUACUAAGCAAACAUUUGAAAAUUUCUAUGAGUCGGCAAAUGGUCAGAGGCUUUUCAUCAUCAACUUUGACACAUCUUAUUCUCACAACGAAGCGGGGCUGAAAUCUACUAAGGGCUUUUCGAAUCUUGGUCGUAUCAUUAAUAUGUUAACUGGUCUCACAAGCGAUUCGAGAAAUUUGGUAUUUAUUUUGAGUAUUUUGAAGACGGAAGAUCUAGAUCUGGUCUUCAAGAAUGUGCCUAAUUUAGGAUUAAUCGCGGAGAGCGGAGGAUUCAUCAAGUUAGUUGGGCAAACUAAAUGGAUUUCAAUUAUCGACAAGAAAGAGGUUGGCAACUGGAUCACCCAGGUUGCCCUGUUGGUCAAGUCAAAAGUUGAACGUCUUCCUCAAUCUAGUGCAGUUGUCGAGGAAUGUACCGUGCGCUGGUUGGCUGAUUCAGCCGUUAAGGAGGAUCCUAAGAGAAGUUUUGAUGCCAUGGGUGAUUGUAUACAGCAUAUCAAUGAUAUUUAUGGGGACAGCCAAGGCAUUCAUGCUACAUUGAUUGACAAUUCUGUUGUCGUGCAACAGAAAGAUAUCUCCUUAAGGGCUAUACAGUUCAUUGUGGCAUGCUAUACAACAACGAUACCAGCGGCUAAGUUGGUGGAGAAGUUUCAAGUGAAACGCGUCGCAUCCUUUCACGAACAAUACAAUUCAAUUGUGAGAUCACCACUUGCUGAGAGAUUCGAUUGGAUUGAGGAAGACUCUAGAAGGACAAACAGUGCCCAAGCUUUGCUAUACUCUGGUGGCUUAACGUCUAUUGAUGAAGCCAUUUACGAGUACACUAAUGGUCUCGAAAAGGAUGUGUUCAGGUCUUCGAUUUCAGUUGCUAUAACUGGCGGGCAAGUGAAUGCCAGAUCCUCCGCAUUGUACAGCGUUUUGGGUCGCAACGAGUUGUUCAUGAUUAUUACGUCCAAGUAA